UGUAGGCGUGAAUGUGAUGAACUUAAUAUUUCAUUCAUGUUUUGUUUAAAACUUAUUUUGAAAUUUCAAUUUGUUCAUUAUAUUAUCAUUACAGUUGUAUUAUAGCCUAUAGGUAAGGUAAAUCUAAGUGGCAUUAAGCGGAUGAUAGGUACUGAAGACUGAAAAUAAAGAGGGUGUAAAACUACCACACGAACUAUGAAGCAAGAAGCACUAGCGAUGCAGAGAGAACUGGACGGUCGGGACCAACUAUUUGUGGAUGUAGGUUCGGAGGGCUCGAUGCCGUCGGACGCGGCGCUGGGCGCGCUGCUGGAGGACGGCUCGCCCGCCGCCGACGCCGAGGGCCGCGUGCGCCGCCUGGCCGAGCGCCUGGCGCGCCUCGACGCGCUCAACGUGGCCGGCAUGCUGGCCGCCGCCAGCGAGGGCGACGGCGCCGGCGUGCGGCUGGCGACACGGCUGGACGCGGGGCUGGCGGCGGGCGCGGGGCUGGCGGCGCGGCUGCGGCGCUGCGAGGCCGUGGUGCGCGCCGCGCCCGACGCCGCCCACGCGCGCUUCGGCGCCGCGCGCACCGACGCCAACGCGCGCGCGCUGCUGGCCGAGCUCGAGGAGCUGUACUCGUGGCUCGACGCGCCGCCGCUGCGCGACCUCGACUCCAUCUCCGAGAUCUCGCUGGCGUCGGCGGAGGGCCGCGCGCGCGCGCUGGCGGCCGGCGCGGCGCUGCAGGGCGCGCUGCGNCAGUGGAACGUGGGCGCCUUGAGCGCGACGCACCCGUUCGUCAUCACGUGCUCCUGCAACACUAACCGGAGUUUGAUUCGGCUCGGGGAGCGCCGCCUCAUCAAUCCCCAAANGGCGGGCGCGGAGGGCGAGGCGCGGUGGGCGCGCGCGGCGCUGGCGGGCGGCGCGGUGGCGGCCAAGCGGCAGGCGGACCGCGCCGUGGCCGAGCGCCUGGCCGCGCUGCCCGACGCCGUCAAGCAGGCGGCCCGCCGGCCCAAGUGCGGCCUGCUGUCGUUCCUGAGGGACUUCGAGGAGCUGAGCGGCGCCUGCGAGGCGAUAUUCUCGGGCGGGCGGCGCGCGGACCUGGACCGCUGGUACGUGUCGCUGGCGGGCGCCAUGCUGCACGCCAUCCAGCACGCCGAGCACCCGCGCACGCCGCGCGCCGUGCUGCACAUGGAGAACUACCACCGGCUGCACGGCAUCCUGUCGCUGCUGCGCGCGGCGGCGCUGGAGUCGCUGCGGCGCGAGAGCCGCGCGCGCUACUCGGCCGCGCUCAAGGCCUACGUCACGCAGUACUUCGGCCGCCCGCUCGAGAAACUUACGCAGUUCUUCGAGGGCGUGGCGGAGGCGGUGGCGGGCGGCGUGCGCGAGGACGAGGUGUGCUACCGCGCCGCCUUCAGCAAGCACGAGCUGCGCCGCCUGCUGGCCAUGUACCCCGCGCCCGAAGUGCGCAAGUCGCUGCACCGGCUGUACCGCACGGUGGAGAAGCACCUGAGCGAGGAGGGCGGGCUGCUGCAGGUGGUGUGGCGCGCCAUGCAGGAGGAGUUCCUCGCGCAGCACCUCGCGCUGCAGUCUCGCAUCGCCACGUGCUACGCGGGCGCGGGGCUGGCCAUGCCGCUGACGACGCAGGACAUCCUGGACGCCUUCUCCGACAUCGCACGCGAGCACUGAGCCGCGCGACCGCGAGGCCCGAGCGUUCCGCGUCUCCUGAUGUUUCGAGACGCCCGGUGCUUAAUUCUAUUACAAAAGGAACGUGUGAAAGCAAAAUUGGGAAUAUUUACAUAACGGCUACGCUUCGAGAUACCCGUGAGAGCGCUCUGCGCGUUUCGAAUGUAUCUAUGUAUUACUUGUAGAAAAAAUCUGACUAUUCUAACAUGGCCAGAAUAGGUUUAAGUUAUUUAUGGUCAUUUUUAAAUAGAUAAUUGCAAUCAAAUCCAUUGAAAAAUCAUUCUAAAUUCUAAAUGUAUAUUAUGUAUAUGGGUAUUAUUAUGGGUUCUUUAAUAAACCUUUCUGUGGCCUACUGACCUAUAAAUAGACUGAAAUUAUUUAUAACAAGUUUAUUUCUACCGGACUGUGUCAGAAGGAGGGUUAUUACUUAAGUAAGUGCUAGAAUGAAAUUGUAUAUAAAAUGGAUGUACAUAUAUUAUUGCACUGUUAUUCUUUGUAUUGAAAUAAAAACUAUUUCUGUAA